AGCGGCUGUUUGGGUAAGACUAACGACUUCAGAUGCUGGAUCGAGCAAAGCUUUGAAGCUGCAAAGUGUGCCUUACAUGCAUGCCCCUUGGGCAUUGGGGUUUGAAAACAACCAAGCAAUGCAACUUCAUCUUGCGUCUAUAUAGACCGAUACAUCAUAUCCCCUGAUCAUGAUGGCACUUGGAGCUCUCGGCCUUCAACUUACAAAGUUGGUCAGCUUGUUCAGCUUGCUGUUGUGCGCAGCGAGCAUAGCAAGCGCAUUGGACAAUGGAGUCGGGAAGACACCUGCGAUGGGCUGGAAUUCGUGGAACUAUUUUCGUUGCAACAUCAACGAGACAAUAAUUAAGCAGGUGGCGGACGCCAUAGUGUCGUCAGGCCUGAAGGAUGCAGGCUAUACCUACGUUAAUAUCGAUGACUGCUGGAUGGAGAAGCGCGAUCCAGCCACCGGGCGCAUCCAGCCCUUCAAGGAUAAGUUCCCAUCUGGAAUGAAGGCCCUGGGCGACUACAUCCACGGUCUGGGCCUCAAGUUUGGCAUCUACUCGGACACCGGGAACCACACGUGCGAGGGAUACCCGGGCAGCUGGGGGUACGAGAAGCUGGACGCCGCCACCUACGCCGAGUGGGGUGUGGACUACCUCAAGUACGACUACUGCGGCAUGGAGGGAGUCACGGAGCCGGUGCGCGCAUCCUACGAGCGCAUGCGCGACGCGCUGGCGGCCACGGGGCGGCCCGUGCUGUUCAGCCUGUGCUCCUGGGGCUCGGGGCAGCCCUGGCAGUGGGGCAAGCAGGUUGGCAACUCCUGGCGCACCGGCAUCGACGUGUUCGCGGUGUGGGACGCGGCGCAGGCCCGCGCGCUGCAGCUGCCCAGCUUCCUGCAGCCCAUCCUGGGGGCGGUACGGCAGACGCAGGCGCUGGCGCCGUACGCGGGUCCGGGGGGCUUCAACGACCCGGACAUGCUGGUGGUGGGGUUGGAGGGGAUGUACCCGUACGGCAUCGUACAGGAGUGUCCCGAGCACGUGCGCGGCUGCAAGCCCGGAAUGUACAUCAGCAGGGACCGCUGGGGCAAAGUGGGCGGCCUCACGCAGACCGAGCAGCGCACGCACUUCAGCUUCUGGUGCAUGAUGGCGGCGCCGCUCAUCCUGGGGAACGACCCACGGGUCAUGAGCAAGGCCACGCUGCAGAUCCUGCUCGCGCGGGAGGUGCUGGCGGUGAACCAGGACGCGUUGGGGGCCCAGGGUAAACCGGUUUGGACGGGCAGUAGCAAGAGCAGCAAGGGAAGCAGUAGCAAUAGCAGCAAGAGUCGUAGCAGCAGUAGCAAGGGGGGCAGUAGCAGCGGUGCGCCGGGGCAUGAGGAGGAGCAGCAUGAUUUGGAGAUCUGGGCCAAGCCGCUGGCAGAUGGUCGUACGGCGCUGAUGCUGGUGAACCUGGGCGACAGGGCGGCGGACAUCUCCACGUUGUUCAGUCGCGACCUGCCCUCCGAGUCGGGUCGGUGGGCCCGCGAGGUGCCCCACUCCGACCCCACCUGCAAGGACAAGCACGCGCAGUGCGGGGACUGGGCAGCAGCGGGGGAGUGCAAGCGGAACGAGGGUUUCAUGCUGGACGCCUGCCCGCUGAGCUGCCCCGACGGCUGCCCGCACCCCGUGGACCCGCCGGGACCCAAGGCGACCGCACUGGUUCGCGACUUGUGGCUGGAGGAGGACGUGGGGGUGUUCACGGGCCGCUUCACCGCCCUCAAGGUGGAGCCGCAUGAGGCCCGGCUGGUGACACUCAAGUGGAUGGAACCCGCCGACGCCGCCGCCCUGUCUUCCUCCCUGGACUUCGGCCCCCGCGCCCUGGCGGCCAGUGUGCGGGCAGCUGCGGAGGCGCUGGGGCUGGGGGCGGCGCCGGGGGAGGGGGGGCAGCAGGCGGCAGGCGGGCGCAAGGGGGCGGACAAGGGUGAGCAGCUGAGGGAAACAGAAGGAAAACCAUGCGUUGGUUGGCAGAAGUGGAUAGUAGAGUGGAGGCGGUGCGGCGCGUGCCUUGCUAUGCGAGCUGGGUGCCUGUGGCCUCGCCAACCCUCCUCCUCCGCCAUCCCCUCCGCACCCAGCCAAUCCCCCCCUUUUCUCAUCCUUCAUCCCAUCCUCCGCCUGCGCCCCCCCUCUUGCCGCCCCUGUCCCUCCACCCCAC